AUGUCUCGUGUAGUCACCGACCUCCAGUCGAAAUGUGCGGCUUACGUUUUGGCUCUGAGGCCCUGGAGCUUCAGUGCCUCUCUCACCCCCGUGGCCCUGGGGAGUGCGUUGGCCUACAAACUGGAGGGCUCAGUGGACUUGAUCAUUCUGCUCGUGUGCGCAGUAGCCGUGCUGGUGGUCCAUGGAGCGGGGAACCUUGUCAACACAUAUUAUGACUUCUCCAAAGGAAUUGACCACAAGAAGAGUGAUGACAGAACUCUGGUGGAUGAGAUCUUGGCGCCGCAGGACGUGGUGAUGUUUGGAGCUCUGUUGUACUCUGCAGGAUGCAUGUGUGCGACUCUGCUGUACUUCCUGUCCACACUCAGGCUGGAGCACCUGGCUCUCAUCUACUUUGGGGGACUCUCUAGUUCAUUUUUAUACACUGGAGGCAUUGGUUUGAAGUAUGUCGCGCUUGGAGAUGUGGUCAUCCUCAUCACCUUCGGCCCGUUGGCGGUCAUGUUUGCCCAUGCAGUGCAGGUGGGCUAUCUUUCUGUUCUCCCGCUGGUCUAUGCGGUCCCGCUGGCUCUCAACACAGAGGCCAUUCUCCACAGCAACAACACCAGAGACAUGGACUCGGAUAAACAAGCAGGCAUCGUCACCCUGGCCAUUCUCAUCGGCCCCACACUCUCUUAUAUCCUGUACAACCUGCUUCUCUUUGUCCCGUACGUGCUUUUCUGCAUCUUGGCGACGCGGUACACUAUCAGCAUGGCUCUGCCUCUGCUAACUCUGCCCAUGGCCUUCCCCCUGGAGAAGCAGUUUCGGAGCCGAAUCUACACCAAGAUCCCGCAGAAAACCGCCAAGCUCAACCUCCUCAUGGGACUAUUUUAUGUUUUUGGCAUUAUUCUCGCUCCUUCUGGAAGUCUGCCAUUACUGUGA